GACAGCUUGAGGAGAAAAAAGAAAGUGAAAAAAAUCCGACAAUUGGCAUCACAAAAGUUCGGCUUAUGCUAAAAAUUGUUCCAGAUUGAAACCAACCGCGGUCUGUUCAACACGCAUCACUAGUGCCUUUCUUGUUAAUUGUGAAAAUAUUAUAAAAUGGCUAGAAUUCCACAACUAAAGAUUUUGACGGAGGAACAAGCCAAGCUCGUUCAAACUGACUGGGAUUAUAUCAGAACUCAAGCUGUAGAAAUCCUUUACAAUUUCUUUGAAAAAUAUCCAGGAAAUAUGAAACAUUUUAAAGCCUUCGCUGGCAAAGACUUAGAUGACCUUAAGGAAACCCCUGAAUUUGCUGCUCAUGCUGAAAAAAUUCUUGGAGUUUUUGGUCAAGUCAUUGACCUCUUGGGCAAGGAUAUUGAUGGAAUUAAGAAGAUUCUCAACGAAAUGGGGAAUAAUCAUAGAGCUAGAGGCACUUCCAGAUUUGCUUUCAUGGAAUUCAGAGAAGCAUUGAUGGAAUUUUUGCGCUUUAAUGUUGGUAGUUCUUACGAUGGAAUGCAGGCAUGGACUGAUGCUAUCGAUUGCAUGUAUCACAUCAUCUACAACAAUCUUGAAGGAAAUCCAGUUUAAAAUAAUAUUUAUUCUAAUCUUAAAUUUAUUUUGUUUUGUUUGCAAUCAUCGAGUGCCAUAUCUGUUCAUGCUAUCAAAGGUCUUGCAAAAUUCUUUGCAUGGAUAGAACAAAAAUUCAAUUGCUGGUUAGAAAUAUGACAAAAAUUACACACACAAAAUGUAUUACCUUAAUUAUGUAAAUGUAUGAAUAAUAAUAAAAAUAUAAAUAAAAUUAAAUGACACCA